AUGGCCUCCCUCCGCUCUACAUCGCGACUUUUCGCUGCGUCGCGCCCGCUGUUCCGGCCCGCCGCUUUCGCUCGCUCCUAUGCCACCGUUGAGGCUACUCAAAAUGUCGAGCCCACCCCUUCCGAAAACCCCAACAUGAAGACCUUCAAGGUCUACCGCUGGAAUCCGGAUACCCCAACCGAGAAGCCCACCAUGCAGAGCUACAAGCUCGACCUGAAUAAGACCGGCCCCAUGAUGCUUGACGCUCUCAUUCGCAUUAAGAACGAACUCGACCCUACCCUGACUUUCCGCCGAUCCUGCCGUGAGGGUAUCUGUGGUUCUUGCGCUAUGAACAUCGAUGGUGUCAACACCCUGGCUUGCUUGUGCCGUAUUCCUACCGAGGCCAACUCAGAAUCUCGCAUCUACCCAUUGCCACACACCUACGUCGUCAAGGAUCUCGUUCCCGAUUUGACUCUCUUCUACAAGCAAUACAAGUCCAUCAAGCCUUACCUCCAGCGUGAUACCCCCACCGAAGAUGGUCUUGAGUACCGCCAAAGUCCCGAGGACCGCAAGAAGCUCGACGGUCUCUACGAAUGUAUUCUCUGCGCCUGCUGCUCUACCUCCUGCCCCUCAUACUGGUGGAACAGCGAGGAGUAUCUGGGUCCCGCUAUCCUUCUCCAGUCCUACCGCUGGCUCGUCGAUUCCCGUGACGAGCGCACCGCGGAGCGCAAGGCCGCUCUCGACAACAGCAUGAGCGUCUACCGUUGCCAUACUAUUCUCAACUGCACACGAACCUGCCCCAAGGGUCUCAACCCUGGUCGCGCUAUUGCCGAGACCAAGAAGAUGCUGGCCGCUUAA